AUGCACCCCCAGACCAUGAUUGGAGAGGUCAAGGAAAUGACUGGUGUCAAAGACCAAGGACGUUGCGGGUCAUGCUACGUCUUUUUCGCCGUAGCUUGUAUCGAAAGUAUGCAUGCUAUUCGGCACGGCGAGCUACGUGAUCUGAGUGUGCAGCAGGUCAUCUCCUGUACCUACAACAACCCAAACCACGGUUGUGAAAGUGGAUGGUCCGACAAAGUCAUCGCAUACUUUAUGAAUCACACAAUAGCCAGUUGGGAAGAUUACCCGUACACUGUCUACAACAAAGAACCCAUUCCACCGUGCGAAGAGAAGCCUGGAGUGACAAAAGUGGACAACCUGGAUCAAGUUGCUAAGAACGAAGAGACCAUGAAGCAAACCUUGUUCACUAACGGUCCUUUGGUGGUGUACAUCGACGCAGAACCUUUAAAGAUGUAUCAAGGAGGAAUUAUACACUCGGCUUUUAAUAACUUUACUCAUGCUGUUACUGUGGUUGGGUACGGUACUGAUACUGAAGAUCAUUGGGUGGUCAAGAACUCAUGGGGUACUGGUUAG